AUGGCAUCGAAAGGUAUGGCGGCGGCCGCGUACGCAUGCGGUGGAGCAGCGUCCCCAGUUGGGCAGAAAAAACUUCCACGUGCACCAGAAUACAACCUGCCACUGGAGACGAUUGUGCGGAUCGCACUGACGUGUAUUUACAUCGCACUCGAGUUUAAAGCCCCAUUCAUUCGGAAGAUCCAGCCGGAAGAGUUAUGGUUGUACAGGAAUCCGCGCACCGACAGCUACGUGCCACUGACCAUGCUGUGGCCCAUCGUGCUCGGUGUGCCGGGGUUGGUCUUUACGCUGCACUAUCUCAAGUCACGGGAUCGGCAGGAACUACGCUGCACCGUGCUUGCAUUUACCCUCGGUCUCGGCCUGAACGGUGUGCUAACGAACACGAUCAAGAUUGCUGUCGGUCGACCAAGACCCGAUUUCUUCUGGCGCUGUUUUCCGGACGGUGUGCCGAACGAGCAACUGCACUGCACCGGUGCGGAUGUGCGGGCACUGAUGGAUGGACGCAAGAGCUUCCCUUCCGGACAUUCCUCCUUUGCCUUCGUUGGUCUUGGGUUCCUUAGCUGGUACCUCAUCGGGAAGCUGCACCUGAUGAACGAUCGUGGCCGUGGCCGAUCCGUGCGUGUGAUAGCGUCCGGUUUGCCACUGCUUGCUGCGACGAUGAUUGCGAUCAGCCGUACGUGUGAUUAUCAUCACCACUGGCAGGAUGUGACGGUGGGUUCACUGAUCGGGAUCUGCCUGUCCUAUCUCUGCUAUCGCCAGUAUUAUCCAGCAUUUUACGAUCGCAACUGUCACCUGCCGUACCAGCAAGAAUGUGCACUGGUGUCCACUAUGCUUCACAGUCCGAACCGGGUGAAACGGCCACAGCAAAACGGAACACCACCUUCAUCGCCACUGGUCACAAAUUACGAUACCCGAGCCGAAGGCGAACAGGAAGAUUCCGAUACAGAGACUAGACGAUUGCUUUCGUCGCCCACGGACCAGAAGGAAGCAAAGUGGAUUUAA